UUCAAAAGUCUACUUACCAAUCUGUCGCCGUGGCGGUCCAAAAUCUUAACAUUCGCCAACCCUCCCAACCACCCUCUACCCGUACGCUUGGGAACGGGCUCGUGGGAUUUCAUACGAAUCGCCUGAGUAGCAUUGAGCAAGGGGACGGCGAGUCUGGUGGGGCGAGACUAGAUAGUAACGAGGCAAGAUCUGAAAUCAAGCGGUAUCAAAUCACGUCUGGUAGAGGCGGUCAAUGUCUGGCUCCUCUGGGCCACCUGUGCGAGAGGGACUUGGAUCCGAUGUCGCAGAGCGACCCUGCGUCACGAUCUUCUUCACCUCGGACAACCAAAUCUCCUCCAGCAGGUACGAGCACGUCGCCAACUUCACAACAGUCAGGUCCCCCGAGGCUUAGUAACCAGCCAGCCAGCAACGGGUCAUUGGGAAACGGUGGCAUCGUCCGACCUAAUGGAGAUAUAGCACAGUCGUUAACCCAGAGGGGCUUUGAUGUGCGGAACAUCUUAAACCCAACGGAAACACAGCCGUCGCCGACUGGGACUACCUCUUCGGCAGCAUCUGGACCAUCCGGAGCGCGCCUAUAUCCGAGUCCAAAUAUACAAGGCUCUACGUUCGAAUCCAGUCCAACCACUUCGCAGCCCUUCAUGUAUCAAAACCAUGGGAUGAUGGGUCAGCAACAAACGGCUAGAGGUCUCCCUCCCCAGGGACCUCCACCAGCUGACCGCGGUUCGCCCGCAUCAAUACAGUCUCAUCGAGAAAUCUUGGGGGCAACCCGACGAAUAUUAACCCCAAGGUCUCCCCAAGUCAGUGCCGCGAGCCAUGUACCACCACCUCAAGGGUUGAAUACACCUCAAACUCACUAUUAUCCUGCUCCUCCUACGUCGAAACGAGGCUUCCCAGCUGAGUCUCCCGGUGGACAGUACGCUCAAUCACCACGAAUUAGUGGCCCUCAACCUCUAGGUCCUCAGUUUGGACGAGUUCGCCCCUCUGGGGUUGGUCCUUCGACCACUUUAGCUCCCUUGACAACACCGCCGCCUCGAUCCCUUUCUCAGCCAAUCGCGAGCCAGUUUGAUCCUCCCGGACACGAACCCCAGCAGUCACAAGGCAAUACCGGUGGCCAUAUUAGGCCUCAUCCGUAUGCACAAACACCACCAUAUUCAACGGGUGUUCCACCGAGUGCGCGUUUUCCGCCAACUUCUCUUCCAGUGGGAGAUUCAAGAUGGUCGGGCAUAUUUGGGAGCGCGGGUGCCCCUGGCAUUCGAAGCAUGAUGGGUAUGGAGGGUCAUGCGGCAAUGAACGUAGGCGGUGAGCCAUUAAUUGUCCCCCUAGACAUGUACAAUGGGUCAAAACAAGCCGACGAGAAACGGCAGAGGAAUGCGGGUGCUUCUGCGAGGUUCCGAGCUAGGAAGAAGGACAAGGAAAUACAACAAGGAUUGAGAAUACAGGAGUUGGAAAGUCAGAACCGCGAGCUUCUGAAGCGGCAACAGGAAGCAGAGAAUGAGCGGGACAGGUACCGUAGUGAUCGGGACCGACUUCGCGAUAUUGUCUAUCGAACUCCUGGAAUUAGCGAGCUUGCUUACCAAGGGCCUCCCAGUCCUAUUUCGACGAGGAGUGGUGGCUCUUUCGCAGAAAGGAGCCCUCUCGCUUCUAACCAGUCUACGCUACCGAUGCCUGCCUAUGGAAGUGCUGAUCCUGUAACUGGCGAAAGGGCGGCCCGACGACGCCGGACAGAUUCUCAACUCGACUACAGCCCACCCUAUGGUGUGGCCCAGCCUAAUUUGCCAUCAAUAUCCCAACCUGUACACACUCCUCUAUCGCAACCGGGAACUCCCUCGUCUAUGGCUCGAACCUCACGACUACCUCCCCUACGAUUAGACCAACCAGCUGGGACUCCAAGUGCUGGCCCACCUACAUCAAGUAUACCGGUGCAAAACUUCCCACCAUACAAGCGGGAGUCAUACGAAACCGGCUGGGCAACACGAACGAGCGCGCCGUACGAUCCAAGCCAGCGUUAGCCACAAGUCUCGGGUCUUCAGGGUCAUCGGUUGCUACUCUACUUUCGUCUUACGAAGCCGAUAAUUUUAUACUAUAUUUAGUUUUUAAUUAAUAUGAACCCCUCGCACGAGAGACGAGGUGGAAACCCUCCCUAGGGUCCUGCAUAUCAUUUUAGCAUUGGACAAAAACGGUCAUUAGAGAUUUUCGCAUAGUUCGGGCAACCGACAUCUCGGGCAGGAAGGAAAAAGAAGAAGAAGAAAGCCUCAUAA